GUUUCGGUUGCGCAUCAGCCUGGGUCAAGCAAACAUUAGCUGGUGUUGGCCACGCCAUGCCGCUUGUAUCUGUGUCCUCAUUCUCAUCACUUGGUUCUUGGACAUGCACCUCGACGUUCAAUGUCUGACAAAGAGACAUAUGGCUCUUCUCGUUUGGAAUCGAUUGAUAGUGGUGACGUGCCCUCUUCCGUAAAUGCUGUUCCUUACGUUCGUCUAUCGAUACCGACGGCCGGUGCUGAGCCUUCCCCCACUGAGCUCCGUACACCACAAUCAGAAUACGCAUAUGGAGAAGAUGGUGUUCGUGAAUAUCAGGUCGAUGACAUGAGGUCGCAGGCUGUACGGAAGCAUGGCGAAGACAGUUCAGGGCGACAGAACUCGGAAUAUGGGCGUCGUCAGAUACGAUCAUCCUUUAUUCCUCCUCCUCCACCGCCACCGCCACCGCCACAACUACUGUCGCACCCUUCCUCUACUGGCUUUCAUAUCCCUCCACCUCCUCCCGCAACCACAGGGGGUGUUGCAGGUUUACAACCGGACGCGACAUGGAAUGUACACGCAGAGAAGCUUGAUCGCGAACAAGAAGAGCUACGGGAUUGUCGCGACGAACUGCUCGGCUCACGCUUCAAACUGGCAGAGAUGCGCAAAGAACUCAAAGAUCUACAUGUUGAAACGAGUACUAAAGAGGGGGUGGCAUUUAACUUACUACGCCAGCAUCUCAACAAGAGCGCUACCUUUUCACCGCAGGAGAUCCUGAAAGCCUUCAACGAAGCGUCAACGUUGAGAGAUCGGCUAGGAUUACUCGAGGCAAAAUAUGAUGCAGCUGAAGCCAAUUACAACACCUUGGAGUGGAACUAUUCCAAUAAAGAGGCAAAGUUCGUUGAGGGAGCCUUGACUAACAAACUUGUACCAAUCGGUACAGUGAGUCGAAGUCGCAGUGCGGAUGAUCUGAACAUUGCACAGUUAACGCACGGCAUGACCGAUCGAACCGAGAAAUCUCGUGAUGCCUGGAACCACACUAUGUAUUGUGAAAUCAGUGACCCUGGGGGCGAUACGCUAGUCCAGACGGAAAUAGCCCAGCAGGGAGAAGCGUUGGGGAAAGAAGAAUUCAUGUCUUCUGGAGAGGCUUUAUAUGUUGAUGCUCAUGCUGCUGUAAGCCCAAUCGAACGGGGCAUUGAGAAUGCGCAAAAGAAACAAGAACGUAAACGUUGGCUGCGUAAGAUGGCAAGGAUUGAUGACUGGUUACUGGAAACUGUUGACGAUUCACGUCUUCACCAAUUGUAUUUGAAAGCGAUACAUGACGUCGGCUAUCCGGAUGACGACGCAUGGUGGAAGCAUACAAGCCAUCUUCUGAUCGAAUCACGUGAGGAGCUACCUCCUUUCCGUACUGGAGACUCUACGGUUUCCAACCAAACCACGAGUAAGCCCAAUAUUUCACGAACUGUAGAUGCUCCGAGCCAAGGUACGCCCACCUUGGCUAUCACUAGCAGCACAUCUCCAGCGUCAGAAAAUCACCCAAAAGCCCAGCCUGCCGCUCCAUCGGCAGACCUGUUGCACGCCGGCAGGCGAGACUUUGCUACACUCAAACCUCCUACAAGAAGUGUUAGUGGAUCACCAGUCUCUUGUGCGACUUCCGGAAUACCCAGCCGACGUACUUCUUGCACCAAUACAGCGGAUACAGCGGAUACACAAAGUGACGCUACAUCACAGGACUCCCACACUGGUGGUGUUCUUCUUGACUGUUUGACACAUCCGGAGAAUAUGGACGACGCUCGAGAUCAUCAAAACCGUAGUCACGUUGCUGAAAGCACUCGCACAACCCCUACUCGUCAAAGGCAAUACUUCAGCACAACUUCUACAUCCGAGCUAUCGCAACUUCCAGACAAUGCUCAUGCAUUGCAACCUGGACUAGAACAGGACUCAACGGCCCUAGCCAGUCGUUUGGAAUCACUACGAACACCGCAAAAUUUACCCAGUAGUCAAGAGGACUAUCCGCAGGCUUCUGAAGAAGAACCAUCGUGUAGCAACUCGCAGACCUUCCAACGCGAACCGCCCUACGCCCGUACCCUAGAACAGUCUCCUACCAGUCAAUUGAUAACGCAUACCCAGCAAGAUAACAGUGGGCGUUUUGUAAUAUAAUUCAUGCUUAAACAUUUCACUGAAACCAUCUUUUUUUUAUGCUCCAGCCUUUCUGCCGCGGUCUCGAUCAUCGGCUACACAUAUCGUUCAUUAUUUCUUAGGUUUCAUCUCCUUAUACGCCCGUUUCACAUACUACGAUGUAACAAUAUAGGAUAGAUGAGCGUAGCGCUUGAGGAUCAGCGUUUGGUUACUGCGAAGUUUGAACACCAUAUUACGAAGACAAUUCAUCAAGGUUUUGAAUGGGAAUAUAUUAUCCUCUGUGGAGCAUCGAGUAUAGUUUGGAUCGCUACACUACUCACGAUAACCGCCAAUAUUGAUGAUUGCGCUCUGCCCGCUAGGCUUCAGCCAGGAGGCUGACAAUUGCUAUGAGUCUAAGACUGUAUGCAAGGACCCAGCCCGAACUAGACCAGACCGCAGUCUGAGUCAAAGGCGCACUCUUUUCUCUCU